ACCGCUUUAAUGAAACAUAAUUAUAUAAUUCCCAUACCAUACAAUUCAUCCAUUUAAAGUGUGCAAUUCUGUGGGUUUUAGUAUAUUCAGAGGUAUGCAAACAUCACCAACGGCCAAUAUCAAAACACUUCCUCACCCCAGAAAGAAACCCCAAACCAGCAACUGUCACUCCCACCCCCUGUCCCGGACACCGACAGCGCCAUCUCCCUUCUGCCCUCUGGACGUGCCCAUUCAGGACACAUCAUGUGAGCAGGAUCACGCCAUCUGCACCGUGUGGCUGGCUUUUCACUUAGCAUGAUGUCUCCGAGGUCCGUCUGUGUCGCCUGGUGCAUCAGAGUCUCAUUCCUUUUGACCGUGGGCGCCGUUCCACGGCCUGGAUUCCAGUGCCUGGACUGGCCAUGUUUAGUCUAUGCGCGCCUCAGUGGAUGGACAGGGUUUCCACCUUGCUGCUGUGGCAAAGGAUGCUGCUGCUAUGACGAAGGAUGCUGCUGCUAUGAUGAUGGACGCUGCCGCUAUGGCAAAGGAUGCUGCCGCUAUGGCGAAGGAUGCUGCCACAAACUUUGGUGCACAGGCAUCUGUUUGCGUCUUUGCUUUCAAUUCCUGUGGGUGGAGCUAGGAGUGGAAUUGCUGGGUCACACAGUGACUCUUGGAGGAGCUGCCAGGCUUAUUCCAGAGGGCCGCAUGGGUUGACAUUCCCACCAGCAUUGCACAAACGUUCCAGUGACUCCACGUCCCCCCCCCCCGCACUGGUUAUUCACCUUUAGUAAUAUGACCAUCUUUGUCAGUGUGCAGUAUCUCUCUGUGGAUUCCAUUUGCAUUUCCUUGAUGACUGAGGAUGUUGAGCAUCUUUGCAUUUGCUUGAGGGCAAUUUCUACAUUUUGUACAUCUUUGGAAGAUCUGCCCAGACCGGCACAGGCCGAAAGUUGUUCGUUUGUUUGCUUGUUUGUUUUUGAGACGGAGUCUCACUCUGUCGCCCAGGCUGGAGUACAAUGGCAUGAUCUCGGCUCACUGCAACCUCCACCUCCCAGGUUCAAGGGAUUCUCUUGCCUCAGCCUCCCAAGUAGCUGGGAUCACAGGCAUGCGCCACCACGCCCGGCUAAUUUUGUAUUUUUAGUAGAGACAGGGUUUCACCAUGUUGGUCAGGCUGGUCUUGAACUCCCGACCUCAGGUGAUCCGCCCGGGCACAGGGUCAGAGUUUUAAGAAAAAACCACAAACUGCUAUGAAGUUUGAGGCUACCAGGGUGGGGCGCCAAGCCAAGGUUCCUCGGGACGCGCGAGGCUGGUGCUCCAGGCGGGCCCGCGGGAAGAGGGGGCAGGAAGGGGGCCGGGGCGGGCUCUCCGGGACGGUUCCGGGAGGGCGUCCUGGGCGGGCCCUGCGUCAGGUUGCAGUUUCACUUUUAGGUCUGGGCACCUCCAGCUCCUGCUCGCCGGACGGCUCCCAGGGAGAGCAGACGCGCCACCCUCGGGGCGCCGACGGUCACGGUUCCGGGGCCGGUGCUGGUCCCGCCCCCAGCUGCCUUCUGGGCCCAGCCUCCACUUUCAGCAGACCCGGCACUCAGAGGCUUCCUGAGGCAGCUGGAGCCCCUCCACAGUGGCCCAGGAGCAUGGGGUCGGCCUUUGAGCGGGUAGUCCGGAGAGUGGUCCAGGAGCUGGACCAUGGUGGGGAACUCAUCCCUGUGACCAGCCUGCAGAGCUCCACUGGAUUCCAGCCCUACUGCCUGGUGGUCAGGAAGCCCUCAAGCUCAUGGUUCUGGAAACCCCGUUAUAAGUGUGUCAACCUGUCAAUCAAGGACAUCCUGGAGCCGGAUGCCCCGGAACCAGAUUUGCAGCGUGGCAGGAGCUUCCACUUCUACGAUGCCAUGGAUGGGCAGCUACAGGGCAGCGUGGAGCUGGCAGCCCCAGGACAGGCAAAGAUUGCAGGCGGGGCCGCGGUGUCUGACAGCUCCAGCACCUCAAUGAAUGUGUACUCGCUGAGUGUGGACCCUAACACCUGGCAGACUCUGCUCCAUGACAGGCACCUGCGGCAGCCAGAGCACAAAAUCCUGCAGCAGCUGCGGAGCCGCGGGGACAACGUGUAUGUGGUGACCGAGGUGUUGCAGACACAGAAGGAGGUGGAAGUCACGCGGACCCACAAGCGAGAGGGCUCGGGCCAGUUUUCCCUGCUCGGAACCAUGUGCUUGCAGGGUGAGGGCCAGGGCCACCUGAGCCAGAAGAAGACGGUCACCAUCCCCUCGGGCAGCAUCCUCGCAUUCCGGGUGGCCCAGCUGGUUAUUAACUCUGACUUGGACGUCCUUCUCUUCCCGGAUAAGAAGCAGAGGACCUUCCAGCCACCCCCGACUGGCCACAAGCGUUCCACGAGCGAAGGCGCCUGGCCACAGCCGCCCUCUGGCAUCUCCAUGAUGGGGUGCCUCCACAACUUCCUGACAGAUGGGGUCCUUGUGGAGGGUGCGUUCACUGAAGACUUCCAGGGCCUGCGGGCAGAGGUGGAGACCAUCUCCAAGGAACUGGAGCUCUUGGACAGAGAGCUGUGCCAGCUGCUGCUGAGGGGCCUGGAGGGGGUGCUGCGGGACCAGCUGGCCCUGCGAGCCUUGGAGGAGGCGCUGGAGCAGGGCCAGAGCCUUGGGCCGGUGGAGCCCCUGGACGGUCCAGCAGGUGCUGUCCUGGAGUGCCUGGUGUUCCCCUCCAGAAUGCUGGUGCCGGAACUCACCGUCCCUGUUGUCUACCUGCUGGGGGCACUGACCAUGCUGAGUGAAACGCAGCACAAGCUGCUGGCGGGGGCGCUGGAGUCGCGGUCCCUGUUGGGGCCGCUCGAGCUGGUGGGCAGCCUCUUGGAGCAGAGUGCCCCGUGGCAGGAGCACAGCACCAUGUCCCUGCCCCCCGGGCUCCUGGGGAGCAGCUGGGGCGAAGGGGCACCGGCCUGGGUCUUGCUGGACGAGUGUGGCCUGGAGCUGGGGGAGGACACUCCCCACGUGUGCUGGGAGCCGCAGGCCCAGGGCCGCAUGUGUGCACUCUACGCCUCCCUGGCACUGCUAUCAGGACUGAGCCAGGAGCCCCACUAGCCUGUGCCCGGGCAUGGCCUGGCAGCUCUCCAGCAGGGCAGAGUGUUUGCCCACCAGCUGCUAGCCCGAGGAAGGCCAGGAGCCCAGUAGCCAUGUGGCCUGUCUACCAUGGGGCCCAGGAGUUGGGGAAACACAAUAAAGGUGGCAUACGAAGGAAA